AUAGCGCCGCCUCAGUCUUCUUCUCCAUCUAGUUCUCAGAUUCUUCACUUCUUCUUCUUCUGAAACCGUGAAAUCGUCUCUAGAUUUCACUUCUUCGUCUGCUGCGAUCGUGUGCGCCAGCUUCCUCCUUCUUCCCGUAUAGCCGUACACUCUCAAUCUCCCUCAAAUCGAAGCUUCUAAUUUCCGAACAAUUUUCGCUCUCCACGAUGGAAGAAGCUAUGCUAAGCGAUGAAUUACCCAAAUUCAGAGACAUUAGACGCUAUUAUUGCCAAUACUGCGGAAUCUGUAGGUCCAAAAAAACCCUAAUUACAUCACACAUCAAUUCCGUACACAAGGAGGAGGUUGAGAAAACAAGAGUUGAAGCUGAAGCUGAAACAGAGGGUGUACUCAAAGCUAAUACUUGUGAGGAAUGUGGUGCUAGUUUCAAAAAACCUGCUUACUUGUUGCAACAUAUGCAAAGUCAUUCACUUGAGAGGCCAUAUGUUUGUAGCCUUGAAGAUUGUAAUGCAAGUUACAGAAGAAAAGAUCAUCUGAAUCGUCACCUUCUACAGCAUAAGGGGAAAACUUUUAAAUGUCCUAUAGAGAAUUGUAAAAGUGACUUCUCGUUGCAAAGCAAUUUGAAAAGACAUAUUGAUGAGAUUCAUGAUGAGAAUUCUACGUCUGUUAGUAGUGAAAAUCAGAAGCAGUUUGUAUGUCCAGAAAUUGGUUGUGGAAAGGUUUUCAGAUAUGCAUCACAGCUACAGAAGCACGAAGAUUCUCAUGUUAAGCUGGAGACGAUUGAUGUGGUGUGCUUAGAGCCUGGCUGCAUGAAACAUUUCACUAAUGCCGAGUGCCUUAAAGCUCAUGUUAAGUCAUGCCAUCAACACAUGACCUGUGAAACUUGUGGGAGUAAACAAUUGAAGAAGAACAUGAAGAGGCAUCUUCGCACACACGAAGCCAGCAGUCCAUCCAAAGUAUUUCAAUGUGAAUUUGAGGGUUGUGACUGCACAUUCUCAACUAAAUCUAAUCUUCAUACACAUGAGAAGGCUGUACACAUUCAAGUGAAGCCUUUUGUGUGUGGAUUUCCUGAUUGUGGCAUGAGGUUUGCAUACAAACAUGUGAGAGAUAAUCACGAAAAGACCGGGAAACAUGUUUUUACCUUGGGUGAUUUUGAAGAAGCUGAUGAACUAUUCAGGUUAAGGCCUAGGGGUGGUUCGAAGAGAAAAUGUCCUACAGUAGAAAUGUUGGUUAGGAAAAGAGUUACUCCACCAAGUCAUUUGGAAAACUUAUUUAUGCAAGAAAGUGAGUAACAUAGAUCAUAGUUCAUUCUCUAGGCAAAAAGUUAUGCGCUGACCUUGGUUAUAGAAAGUUCACCAUGAACUUGAAGUGCCAAGGAUUGUAUUAUAGAAAGUGAUGCACUGGGUGUUUUAUCAUGUAUCCAACAAUUCAAUUAUGCCACGUCUGCUUUCACUUGUGAUUUUUGUUCUAUUAAAUAGUUUCCCUGUUGAAAUUAUAGGAAUUUGUGUUGAGCAGGAGGAAAAGGGAGAACAAACUUUGAAAUAAUAGAAUAAAAUGUUUAUAUAUUGUGUAAUAUAUGUUAUAAAAUAUAAUGCUAACGCCUAUUUGUAUAAA